CCUCCUCGGCGCUUCAGCUCGCCGUCACGCUGUGCAGGCCUCGUGUCUGCGUCGCCUCUCCUCGCGGAUCCGGAACGCCUCCAGGGCAGGGUCCGCGUGUGAGGGGUCUCUAGGUCCCUAGCUCAGGGCGCGCCCGGGCCGGAGGGUCCGUCCGUGACGUCGGUCACUUCCGGACGCGGUCUCGGCGCCGAGGGGUUAAGGACCCGGACCGGGCGGCCGGCCGAGAGCUCGCGCACAGGCUUGGGGGAAGCCGCCCCGGAGGCCGCGACCUCCGCCCCGGGUCACAGCGGCGGACGUAGGUGAGAACUUCUGGAGCGGCCCUGGGGUGGCUUCCCAGCACAUCUGCACGGCUUUCUUUACACCCCCACCCCCACCCCCGGCGGACGCUCUUAGCGCGAUCUGGGGAGUCCCCGCCGCGGCCGCCCGCCGACGUCACGGAGUCCCCCAAAGGCCCCGCCCCGGUCGCGCCUCCUUCCCCGGGAGCGGCGCGCCGUGCGGGCGGGACAGCGGCUAUGGCGGGGUCCGGGCCCCUCGGCGUGCCGGCCGCCCGCUGGAAACGCCACAUAGUGCGGCAGCUUCGGCAGCGGGACCGCGCGCAGAAGGCCCUCUUCCUGGAGCUGAUGCCGGCCUAUAACCGUCUCCUAGAGAAGGCUGAGUUGCUGACCUGGAUCUCAGAGAAGCUGCAGCCAGAGCCAAAUGAUGUCACUCCCACUAUCCUGCAGGGCCCCUGGGAGGAGGACUCGGGCCCUGACUCAGAUGAAGUCCCAUCACCAACCACUCUGAGGGUGAAGUGGCAAGAGGAGGAGGAGGGGCUCCGGCGGGUCUGUGGUGAGAUGGCCUACCAGGUGGUGGAGAAGAGCGCUGCUCUGGGCGCCCUGGAGUCGACGCUGGAGGAGCGGCAAAGCAGGCUGGCGGCUCUGGAGGCGCACGUGGUGGAGCUGCAGGAGGCGCGGUCGCGGCACGCGCGGCAAGUGGACGCACAGCGGGAGCUGAACGCAGCGCAGCGGGCAGCUUACGAGGCGCUGUGCGCGCACGCCAGGCUCAAGGAGGCGGCCCUGCGCAGGCUGGAGGAGGAGGCGCGGGACCUGCUCGAGCGGCUCGUGCAGCGCAAGGCGCGCGCCGCCGCGGAGCGCAACCUGCGCCUCGAGCGCCACGAGAAGGCCAAGCAGGCGCGGGUGUCCUUGGAGCUGAAAAAGGCUGCCAAGCGGACAGUCAGCAUCAGCGAGAGCCCAAACACUGUAAGCCAGGGGAUGAGAGAGGAGGCUGAGACUCUGGCCCCGACUGCUGAGCCCCUAUCCCUGAAGAGUGAGGCUAGUGACAAGUGGAAGAGACCCUUCAGAUCUGCCUCCGCCACCUCCCUGACACUCUCCCGCUGUGUGGAUGUGGUGAAGGAGCUUCUGGAUUUCAAGAAGAGGAGAGGCCACUCGGUUGGGGGAGCUCCUGAGCAGCGAUACCAGAGCAUCCCUGUGUGUGUGGCUGCCCGGCCUCCUACCCAAGUGCAGGAUGUGCUGGAUGCCCACCUCUCCGAGGUCAAUGCUGUUUGUUUUGGUCCCAGCAGCAGCCUCCUGGCCACCGGAGGGGCUGACCGCCUCAUCCAGCUCUGGAAUGUUGUGGGAGGUCGUCUGGAGGCCGACCAAACCCUUGAAGGAGCUGGUGGCAGCAUCACCAGUGUGGACUUCGACCCUUCGGUGAGGGGACUUAGCCUCAAUGACAUGGGAUGCCUGUUGUGUGGGCUCCCCAACCCGCUCUCCAUGAUCUGGGAAGCUCUAAGGCAGCCCCUGCCCCAGCUCUCUGGCCUGAAGGAUGUUGCUUCUGUCCAGGUCCAGGUUAAGGGCCUUCGCCUUCCCCUUCCAUCUUUCCAGGGCUCACAGGUAUUAGCAGCUACUUACAAUCAGGCCGCCCAGCUCUGGAAGGUGGGGGAGGUACAGUCCAAGGAGACACUGUCUGGACACACAGACAAGGUGACGGCUGCUAAAUUCAAGCUAACGAGGCACCAGGCGGUGACUGGGAGCCGAGACCGGACGGUGAAGGAGUGGGACCUCGGCCGUGCCUACUGCUCCAGGACCAUCAAUGUCCUUUCCUACUGUAAUGAUGUGGUGUGUGGGGACCAUGUCAUCAUUAGUGGCCACUAUGACCAGAAGAUCCGGUUCUGGGACAGCAGGGUCCCCUGCUGCACCCAGGUCAUCCCUGUGCAGGGCCGGGUCACCUCCCUGAACCUCAGCUAUGACCAGCUGCAUCUGCUCAGCUGUUCUCGAGAUGACACACUCAAGGUCAUUGACCUUCGUGUCAGCAAUAUCCGCCAAGUGUUCAGGGCUGAUGGCUUCAGGUGCGGUUCUGACUGGACCAAAGCUGUGUUCAGCCCGGACAAAAGCUAUGCGCUGGCAGGUUCCUGGGAUGGAGCCCUUUACAUCUGGGAUGUAGACACCGGCAAGCUGGAGGGUAGUCUGCGGGGACCCCACUGCACUGCUAUCAACGCUGUGGCCUGGUGUGCCUCGGGGAGCCAUGUGGUGAGCGUGGACCAGGCCAGGAAGGUCGUGCUCUGGCGCUAGUGUCGUGACUCCUCCUGCCAGGGCUGGAGCUCGAGUCUGAAGCCCAAAGCCAGAGGACAGCUUCCCACUGCUCACAGGGCUCCAGAGCAAGUGGGGCUGAGGGUUGGGGGUGGUGACCUUGGGGCAUUUAAUGGGGAAUAAGGCCUGGCAGGACCUGGCCUGUCUGUUUAAUAAACAAAAAAGUUUGUGUGUGUGUGGGGGAAUUACAGUAUUUUUUGUUUGUUUGUUUUAAAUCUCUGAUUUCUUACUUUCUUUGACAUAAGUGAAAAAAAAAUUGCAUUUAAACUGGUGUCUGCUUGCCUCUUUGUAGCAUUCAGGUAGCAGAAGCUUUUGGGCUGGUGGCUCAAGGACACCUGGGCUUGGCCCCCUUCCUCCUGCUGCACAGAGCUGGGGCAGAGCCAGUCUGGCCUCACUGCUGUUCAUGUCUGAGGAGACAGCAUGAAGAAAGGCUCACAGGCAGCAAAGGGCAGUGGCUCUUGGAGCCAUGGGAAUUUCACCCUUGGGCCAAGCUGGUCCAGAGACUAAGCCAACACCUUGGGCCCUCCUACUUUAGGCACCCGGAGCAGGCUGAGGCUGUGGAGGGGGUGGUUGGGAGUUCCAAGGAAGGGAGCACGGGAAGCAGCCCAGAGGGGCUCUGGUGGAAAGGGUCCUAACAAACCAGAGAGUGAUGUCAAGUACUUAGUACCCCAAGCCUGUCUUUAGAUGGGGGCACAUUCUCGCUCCAGAGGUAGAGCCCAGAACGGGUGGGGAACAGUCUGUACAGGUCUGAAUGUUGGGGAGGACAGCUGUGGGCUGGGCCUGGGUUGGGACUUCACUUAUGGGGGCACCAUAAGCCUCUGGAGUAUAAGGCAGACCCAGCAGGGCAGAGCCUGGGCAUCCCUCUGUCAGCCUCGGGCUUGGAGGAGUCAUCAGUAGGACAGCCACUGCCAGUCACAAGACAACAGAAGGGACUUCUGUCCCCAAGUGCUAGGACCUUACUGUGGAGUGCUGCUCAUCUGAGAUUCAAAGGCUUUACUCUUCAAUUCUCAGUGUCCUUCUUUAUGACCUUCCAAAGUCUCCCAGGGGUCAUUGCCCUUUCCAGGGUUUGGAAGCCAUUCCCAGGAUGAGCAGUCGGCCACCGAGAGCCUGAACUCCACAGCCAGGCUGUCUGUGUCAGAGUCACAGCCCAUCGUUCAGUAGCAGGGUGAUUUUAAGCCGGUUCCUUAACACCUUUGUGCCGUAGUUUCCUUCUCUGUGAAAGGGGAAAAUAGUAGUGCUCGCCUCAGAGGGUGCCUGGGUGGCGCAGUCC